AUGCAGUCCUUAAUCACUGCUAUUGUUGCCUUUCCCUCCACUUGGGUGGCGCAAUUACCCGGAAAUAGAGAGAGACGCGCGAACAGGCGGGAACAGUCUCUCACGUUUUCCCGCCCUGACUCUCUCUCUCUCCCACAGCUCCUGCCAACAGACCCGCCGAAGAAGCCGGACCCGGUCACCUCAGAAACGGUGGUGUUUUGGGGUCUCCGAUUAUGGCAGGUUAUUGGCAUUUUCUCCAUGUUCAUCCUAGCAAUUAUAAUAACGCUGUGCUGCAUCUUCAAAUGCCGGAUCCCACGAACGAAGAAAGAGAUCGAGGCUCGAAACCAGCAGAGACAAGCGGCGAAGACGUACGCCAACACCCUGGAGACGGUGCCGCCCCUCAACGAGCUGACGGACGUGCCGGGAGCGGUGAAGCCGGCGGAGAAGGAGGAGGUGCCAACCGUCGCCGGGAAGCUGGACGCCGACAAGGGGAAGAAGGAGAAGAAGGAGAAAGACGGCAAGAAGGAAGGCAAGGGUGCGAAAGAGGGCAAAGAGGAGAAGAAGGAGGAGGAGGAAGCCCCGAAGAAGAAGGGAGAGAAAGGCACAUCGAAGAAAGAGGCAUCGGACGCAGGAGCGAAAGGGAAGAAGGGAGGAGAAGAGAAAGCAGAGAAAGGAGGGAAAGGAGGAGGAGCCAAAGGCAGUGAAGCCAAGAAGCCUGCGAAGAAGUGAACUAAAGUGUGCUAAACUUUUCUAACCGCUUUUUGUAAGACACUUUAUAAAUGUACAUUUAUUUUAUUGUAAAUUGUAAAUAUGGACAAUAAAUGCGUCUCUGUUCAUUAUACACUUUCAUUUAUUCCUUAUUCAGCACUAAAUAAUACAACACUGGUGCUUAGAAAAGUUAUUUUGCAUUUAUGUAACAUAUAAACAACAACAUAAUGUUCA